AUGGAACACUCUGACACAAGGACACACGUCGUCGUCGAAUUAUACGAAACGGAGAAAUCGUAUGUGGAAGCCUUGGAGAUAUUAGUAAAGAAAUAUCUCCAGCCCCUAAAGAGUCCGGAGAACGCAGCCUUACUUGACGCGUAUCUUGUCGACGAAAUCUUCUAUCAAGUGCCGGCGAUCCUGAAUGUGCACCAAGUAUUUUUAGAGCAACUGAGGAGACGGUUAGAACAAUGGGAUCUGCAACAAAAAGUCGGAGAUGUCUUCUUGGAAGUCUUCACAAAACCAGCUGUAAUGGACACUUACAUGUCUUUCAUAAGCAACUUGAAGAAGGCAAAAGAAACUAUAAAAACUGCAGCAUCAUCACGACCUGCCUUCGCGAAGUUCCUAGACGCUAUGGCCAGGGACCACAAGGGAAAGUUGUCUUUGGACAAUUUACUAAUAAAACCUGUGCAAAAGUUCCCAAGCUACAAGCUGCUGAUACAAAGGCUGAUCAAACAUACUGAUCAAUCACACCCAGACCAUAAACUCUUGCUAGAAGCACAAAAACAAAUACACGAUCUCCUAGAAUUUAUUAACUGCACCGAAAAAGAAAGUUUGGAAUAUGAAUUACAACAACAGACCCUUAGAGAUUUGGAACAGAUGAUCGAAGGUCUGUCUAAUCUGGUAACCGCUGAUAGGCUGUUUAUAAAACACGAAAUGGUGACAAUGCCCUCAGCUCAAGGAACCAUCAAAGACAGAGCUCUAUUUCUAUUCAAUGAUACGCUCUUGAUAACCAGCGUGAAAAGAAGAACCGGCACUAUUAAGAAACCUAUGCCAACAUACCAAAGUACUAUAGCGAGUCAAAUGGAGGGGAACAAGUACAAACUGCUCAUGCGAAUGUCAUUGGCUGAUCUCGAUAUUAUAAAAGCUAAAGACGAAAACGUAAGGCGAAUAAUCAACGAAGUAGAGAAACUAAGGGAAGACGUGAACACACUGACUCUGAUAUCAGAUCACGUGGCAGCGCUGCACACCCAGCACGCGCAGCUUGAGGAACUCGUCCGGGACAUGUUGCAUUCGUUGAACCGCCAACUAUCGGAGCGUCAGAACAGCGACGGCCAGUUGUGUUGCAUGGAAAUCACGUUGAACACCGCUAAUGGACCGGAAAAUCUUACCAUAAUAUUUUCUAAGCCUGACAAGAGAAAUCAAUGGGAAGAAAUCAUCAAUGAUGUCAAGCAAAAACUAUGUUUGUAUGGCCACGAGCGGCCACCACCAGAGUUCCUAUCACCUGUGCCGAUCAGGAAGACCAGAGCUGGUCUCCAGUUUACGUGUGCGGCACCCACCUUACCGCCGCCAGGACAAUCUCCAGAUGUCUGGGUGUGCAACAGUGACGGUUACGUCGGCCAAGUCUGCGUUUUGACCCUGACCCCGAAACUGGAGGUCACUUCAUGCAACGGAGUGUGCAACGCUCGGAUCCUGUGCGUGGCCUGCGUGCCUCCCGCACCAGCACUCACCAGGCAGCAGACCGUGGAUGUACCGAGCACAAGUUCGCUGAGCAGCACCAGCUCUGUGAAGCCGGGUAUCAGCAUUUCCGACCCGGAUGACAGUUGCAAGAAUGUCCGGCUAGACAGCUCAUCAUCAAGCGACGAAGAAGACGACGGGUCCUCCAGCGAGACCCAGGACGCGCAGUCGGAGCGCAGCCAGGACUCAGCACGGCUGCUGCACUGCCUCGCGCGGACCCUCACCCCGAGCCACAGCAAGAGCCUCAGCACCCCACACACUGGACAGAACAUACAGGUCCACCCAGUCAUGAAGAGCAGCUCCAACCCGGCAGUCGACAAGCAGGCCAUGGGCAUUAGCGCCGGUACUCUAUCAUCUCCAGCCAGUCGUCAGUCUUCAGAAGACAAUGCAACAACUGCUAACCAGCCCACAAUGUGGCUGGGCACUGAGGAUGGUUGCAUCCACGUAUACAAUUGCAUGGACAAUAUCAGAAUCAAAAAGAAUAAAGUCAAGUUGCAACACAAUUCAGGGGUUCAUUCCAUAGUAUUCGUGGAGGGGAAAGUGUUUGUGGCGCUAGGAAAUGGUGAUCUCGUGGUGUAUUGUCGGGAUAUUGAUGGAUCUUGGACUGAACGUAGCACCAUCAGCGUUGGUACCGGCAGCACUCCGGUGAGCAGCAUGUUGCUCUCGGGAGGGAAGCUUUGGUGCGCGACCCACGCCUCGAUCAAGAUCAUCAAUCCUCACACAUUACAGGUGGACGAAACAUUCCAAAUAAGUUCAGAAACGAAGCCAAUAAGCCACAUGGCGGUCGCGGGCGUCACCAUAUGGCUCUCGCUGCACAACGCAGCGCAACUGCGCUGCUACAAUACGAACACUCGCGAGCAGCUCGCCGAGAUCAACAUCACUCCGCAAGUCAGCAAGAUGUUGCACGGCUGCGAUGACAUAAUACGUCAGCACAAGGCGGCGUGUCUCCGCGUGACGGCGCUGCUCGCUCACCGGGACAUGCUCUGGGUGGGCACCAGCGCCGGCGUGCUGCUGACCGCGCCACUACUGAAUGCACCCAACGCGCGGACCGGAGUCUUCACUGUUCCACAACUGACAGGCGUCACCUACGGCCACACAGGGCACGUAAGGUUUUUGACGAUAGUCGAAAAUCCGGUAUCGACGAAGCAGCCGCCAAAGUCCACGCAGACCUCAUUAAAGACGAAAGCGUUGAGCCGACGCUCGGCCAACGCGGAGAAGCUCCAGAAACAAGCUGAAACCGGUCAAACCAACAAGGAGACCCUCGUUAUCUCCGGAGGGGACGGCUACGAAGAUUUCAGGAGUUCGACGAUGACCGAGGAUGCCGGGAGGGAGGACUCUACCAACCAUCUCCUUCUCUGGAGGGUCUGAACGAAUUUCACGGCCUACAGGGUUCUGUAAUGACGCGACGCAGAGAAACGCUGAGAGAUUUGACAGUCGAAUGUCCGGUGCGCAAUUCUAUUAAACAAACCCGCGCGACCGCUUCGAGGAAUCAGAUUUUUUUUUCCUACCUAAUCUGAUAGCCUUGAGAGGCUAUUUCAUCGUAACCUUAACUAGUAGGUGAGCUGACGGGGCUCAAACCGGAGUGUUG